AUGCUGCGCGGGGGCCCGCUGCGAGCGGCGGGCGCGGUGCUGCUCGUCUCGCUGCUGCUGGCGGCCGCCCGCGGCGCCGAGGGUGAGUGUCGGCCCGCCCGAGGGGGCCCGGCUUUGUCGCGGGGGACAAAGGCCGGCCCUGGGGGGGGGAACCUCCGGCGAGGGGGACCUCCCCGCAUGGCCCGGCCUCGUGUUUCUGCAGAGUGCCUCCGCGGCGACGGCGCGUCCUACCGCGGGAACCGGCGGGUGGCCUCCGGCGGCGCCCCGUGCCUCAACUGGCUGGCGGUGCGAAGCGAGAUCGGCGCCGCGCUCCCGGCAGUCGCCGAGGAUCACGACAGCUGCCGGAACCCGAAUGGCGACGCCGCGCCCUGGUGCUACGUCCGAGGCGCCACCGGGAUUCCCGAGCGCAGAACCUGCGAGAUCCCUCUCUGCCCAGAUGCUACUGCUACCACAGCCCCAGUCCCUACAGCAGAAGUUAAUAUUUCUCAGGAGGUCAACCAGGUGUUUGAACCAGCUGAUACCUUGCCCUCCCGGAGUGAGGCAGCCGCUGUGCAGCCCGUCAUUGGGAUAAGUCAGAGAGUGCAGAUGAACUCCAGAGAAAAGAAGGACUUAGGGACACUAGGGUAUGUGCUGGGGCUGAUCAUGAUGGUGAUCAUCAUUGCCAUCGGGGCUGGCAUUGUCGUGGGAUACAUCUAUAAGAGGGGAAAAGACCUGAAGGAAAAACACGAGCAGAAAGUUUAUGAGCGUGAAAUGCAGCGCAUCACACUGCCACUCUCAGCGUUCACCAAUCCUGCCUGUGAGCUUGUAGAUGAGAACACGAUUGUGGUUCACACUAACCAGACACCUGUGGAGGACACACAUGAUGGCAGUGGCCCGCUCAUGGGGCAGGCAGGUACUCCUGGUGCCUGAGCAGCUGGGGCAGGAGACGUCCAGGCUGAGUGAAGCUUCCAGCUUCCCACUGUGAGCGUGGGGGUUGCGUGUGUUCAUUUCUAUUUUGUUUUCUUUUUGAUGAAAGCCAGAUGAAGGUGAUGCAGAGGGACAGAGCAAUGGGCUAUUCAUCACUGUUUGAGGGCAACAUUCAGUGCAUGACCAGCUGGGGACUGGUGUGGUGGAUCUUGCUGCUUCCUCCCACCUAUCUCCAUGGAGUGCCAAGGAGCUGGAGGGGAAGACGGGCCAGGUUCACACCUGGCCGCAGAAUCAAUAGCUGUGAGUGUGGUCUUGGCUUCCUGUUUUUCUGUUCCUUUCCUAUUUAACGGUGUGCACUGUUACUUAUGUUUCAGCCUGGAAGCCCAGGAGGGAGCAGUACUGCAGGGACUGAGGGGAGCUUCAUGUCAGACCUAGAUAAUUACACUGAUUAUAGUUCCUGUCUUUUUUGCUUUAAUGGCUGAGAGCUGGAGAAUCCUAUCCAGAAUCCUGCUACUAGAACAGGUGGUGUUUUUUUUCCCCCCCAAGAAAGAAUGUAUUUGAAGGAUGGCUUUGACCAAUAACGGUAUGUUUAGCCCCAGUGUAAAUUUGGAAAAGCUCUUCUCAAGGUCUUGACGAAUCCAGGUCUUCCAGGGCUGAGGGCGCAUCUCCAUUCCCCUGUGGUGCUACAUGCACAGCCACAGUUGUAGGUGUCCAGGUGGUCUGCCUCCUGCUCACUUACACAGAUCAGCAGACCAGAAGGCUAGCAGCAGAUUGUUCUGGAGUGUAGAAAAAAACCCUGCCCUUCGAUCACUUACAGCAGGUUGAGCACUGAGGACAGAUAACUUUCUAUAGUGCCAGCUCUGGAGGGAAUGGUCAAGCCAGCUGUGGAUUCCAGUGCAGCUGCCCUUGCUCUGAGGCAGGACAAAGUUGCUGCUCUUGUAAGAUCCCAAAUUCACAGCAUGGCUUCUGGCCCAGCCCUCUUUGCACACGCUCAGCUUGUGCAGCAAGACUGCUCACUUACCAAACCUGGCCCUAUUAGAGAGAUUUUUAUAACAACUUUUAUCAGCAUUCCAGGGACUUUGGAAAGGACAGCUGCUGCAGUGUCUCCCAGAUGGCACCGAGGCAAGGCCAGUUCAGGGAAACAUCUAUCCCCACCUCAGGGGAAUCAAGCCAUUCAAGUAAGUUUUCUAGCCAUCUGCUUUAUAGCUGAGGGCCUAACAGGGAAUAGCACUUGGCAGCAGGGGUUUUAGUGUUAAUGUUUGAUUCAAAAAAGGGAAAUGUUUUAUUUUUAAAUGCCUUUGAAUACCAUUUCUUUGUAAAAUGUUUUAAAUACCUCAUUAUGAGAAGGUGCAGAUUGUGCUACCUUGUAUUAAAGCUUCAAUGAAAAAUGCUCUGUAAA